CAGUAAUCUCUUAAGAACUUUCGUACACUCUUUUUCUUGGAGCAGCGAUGCGAUGAGCAUGCAGCCACCGUCAUGCAGUCAGACGCCUGAUUAAAGUACAGUUUCCUGAAGCAAGAAGUUUUCAACCCAAGGUCCUUGAUUUCUGCAUCUGCUGGAAGGAAUGGACACAAUCAUGUUUAGUCAUAAAUUAGACAUCAGCUUUAGAGGUGGAUUGUAGAAUAUUGAAUCGUCCGAGUUUUGGCAAAUAUGGCGUUGUGAAUUAUUUAUAUAAAAAUCUGUCAUGCCUUUUGAGGAAUUCAUCGCAGGAUGGAUUUCAGGUGCUGUGGGUUUGGUGUUUGGACACCCUUUAGACACAGUAAAAGUGCGACUUCAGACUCAGUCUGUGUAUAGGGGGAUAUUAGAUUGUGUGGUCAAGACCUAUACACAUGAAGGGUUCCAUGGAUUUUUUAAGGGCAUGGCAUUUCCUGUCCUCACCAUUGCCCUUAGCAACUCUGUGGCCUUUGGUUCUUACAGCAAUGCUUUGGAUUAUCUUACCCAAUCCCAUCGCAGCAACUCUGACAAAACCAACAGGCCACCACUCUCAACGGUCUUCAUGGCGGGCUGCUUUUCAGGUCUUUCACAAGUGUUUGUUAUAGCUCCGAUAGACCUGGUCAAGGUGCGUUUGCAGAGCCAGACGAGGGGCAGGUCAGGUGGAAAUAAAUACAGAGGCCCCUGUCAUUGCGUAGCAGUUAUCCUAAGAGAAGACGGGGUCAAAGGGCUUUUCAGAGGAUUGUGGGCUCUCGCGCUACGAGAUGUACCUUGUUACGGACUUUACUUCCUGCCAUACGAGCUCAUCUGCAGAAUGCUGACAGAGACAGGGAAGCAGACAGGUACCUUUGCAGUGCUGAUGGCUGGUGGUGUCGCUGGUGUGGUUACAUCGUGUGCCACACCCAUGGACGUGAUCAAGGCUCGACUGCAGAUGUCAGGAGCUGGUGGUCGCACGUACAAUGGAGUCCUACACUGCAUUACUGUGAGUGUACGUGAAGAGGGCAUGCAGGUGUUCUUCAAAGGCCUUCUUCUCAACAGCGUGAGAGCGUUCCCAGUGAAUGCUGUGACCUUCCUCUGCUUUGAGAUGAUAAUGAGAGCCAUGACUGAUUACACCCAGGACUGAGGGAGCAUCCUCCAUCACUGUUGUGUGGAGGUAUUGCGUACAUUCCAGGAAAGGCCCAUAAAAAUGGCAUUGGAUGGCCAACACUGUGUGAGAUCUUACAUUUUUAUUUGUGGUCGACCAAUAUAGACUUUGUUAAUGAUCGAUGUCUAGAGAGUGGGGUGGGCAAUGGCGAUAUUCAAUUAUAAGAAAAUUUUAUGAUAUUAAAGUCUGUUAUCUGGCCAAGCAGGCAGGGUUAUCGUCGGAGACCAAAAAUCUCACAAUGGCCAAAUAUCGACGAUUAAUCAGCUUGGUCAAUAUAUCGGUAUAUCACUUUUAAUUCAUGUUGAAUGUUAUAAAUGUAAAGGUGAAGUGUGUAAUUUCUGCACCAUUAAUGACAGUUUUCAAACAAGUUUCAAAUACUUAAUUACAAGAAAGGGUCAUUUAUCACUGUAUAAUAAUGACAUUAUGGUGAAAACGUUUUUCAAUAUAAUAAACAAAUUAUUCAUAAUAAAAAAAAAAAUUAUAAUUAUUAUGAUAAAUUACGAAAAUUACACUAUUUUAUGACACUAAAUAUUAAAUCAAUAUGUUAUUAUUACUACCUUUAACAGAAACGGAAGUACAUACUUAACCCUCAUGUUCUGUUGAGAUUGAAUUGUACUGUUGUUAUUUUUGGAGUCCCAGAAACCCUAAUGCUGUACUUGUAAAAAUAAUAAUAAUAGUAAUUUAGAAAUUAACCUCUUAUUUUCCCUUCAAAAGUUUUUAAAUAUGUUUAAUAUUUUUUAUUCAUAUUUGACCUCAGAGCAGAUGAACAUUUUGGAAAUUUAACUGGUAGCCAUUUUUGGAACAUUAAGCCAGUUUACAUGCACACAAUAAGCUGUUAAAGGCGCUGCCACAUUUACCGUAAGUGUCCACUGGCGCAUGGUGAACGAAGCUGAUGUUUUCAAUUCAUUCCAAUGGGAGCCACACUCACGAGGUGGAUUCUCAUUGGAAAGAAUUCAAAACUACCACUUCGCUUUGCUCACCACAUGCCAGUGAACACGUACAGUCAACGUUAACCACAAAAAAACGAAUUGUCAAGCAGCCUCUUUUUUAAUGCUGCACUUAAAACUCUGGGAGACUGAUGUUAAAAAGAAACUCCACGCUAACAUGAUAUCCUUGUCCAUUGUUAAUAUUCAUUGUAGCUGUGUACAAAGCAUCGCCCACGCAUAGUUUACUGCAACUUCCUAUGAGUCGACGCGGCGAAUUCUCCUGCCAUUCGCAACAAACGUAAACUUCAUGCAAAAUUUGCGAGGUGAAAUUCUUUGCCACAGGAAGUCCAUUGCGCAAAAUUCUCGAUUCCGCGGAUUCCACUUUUUCAGCCGUUUGGGUUACGGAAGCAUUUUUCACAUUCAUUUUUUCCAUAGACAUUUCAUAAAAUCCUUCAUAAAAGUUGAAGCCAUGAACCAAACCAUCGAGCUCCGAGGUUAAUCACAACAUCACAAACUUAAAGUAUUUGAAAAACAGACAAAAAGUACAAUAUCGUGUACUUGCCGUCUUUCAUGAGGGCACGUUUCGCAGGCUUGGUUGGCCAGACUACUCUGAUUGGUGAAGGGUUCUCUGAUGGACCAUGGGUAAUAUAGUUGUUUACUAUUACAGUAAAUCCGCAAUCACACAUGAUUUUUAAACAAUUAAGUUAAAAUAACAGAGACUGAUGGUUUCAACAGAAGCAUAUACCAUCAAUGAAUAGGUAUUCAACGGUUUAUGUUAUCAUUGAAAAUUUGUCAAUGGAAAAAAUGUAUGUGAUUUUUACUUCUGGAACUAGACUGCAGGGCUCUAUUGAGAAGACUGUAUUUCGCCCACUGAAUAUUGCCGUGCAAAGGUAAAUGUGGCUGCGCC